UCUGGCUGCUCUGGUUGUGCUCCAAUGGGGAAUGUUUCAAGAGCCUCAGAGAGAACGUGAGUAGGGGGAGUUGGGAACCAGUUAUCUGAAGACUAGGGAGUGGAAAACAGUGGAAAAGCAGCAAGACGAGGCAGAAAGUGAAGUUUAGACUUGAAAAACGAAUGGCCAAAAACAGGGACUUUAACGGCAGGCUUCCAGGGACAGAGAGAGCUACCAAGAUCCACAAACUUAGGAAGCAGCAAAAAUCCCGUCUGGAAAAAACUUGACAAGUUCAUCCACAGCAUGGCAGUCUUUCUGCUCUGCAAGACACCUUCAGCAGGUCCAGUCCGAAUGACCAAAAUACAGCUACUCCUAAGCUGUUUUCUCCUGUCUCUUAUCUUAUAUUUUUUGAAUGGACGUAAAACUGCGGGCAGUCUGAAGUCAGCUCAUUCCGUCCACCACACCUUGGGAUUGGAAGAUGGAAGAAUCCUGAAAGACAUGACUGUGGUCAAAACAGCAGAGCUCCAAACCCCAGGGGAGACACCGUGGGGCGCACCUUUGGUGUGGGGGGACAGCAGUAACGCAGCAUUGCAGAGAGCUAAACUCUCAGAACAAGGAAUCCAUGUUGGUUUGUUGACUCUGGUGGUGGGAACGUACGCCCGCUUUGUUCGGUCGUUCAUCUCCUCCGCUGAAAUCCAUUUUCUCCCCAGCCAGAUGGUCACAUAUUACAUUCUCACAGACAACUCUCGUACCCUGGAUCCCCAAGUCGAGCUGGGUCCCGGGCGGCAGAUAAAAGUGCUCCCUGUUGCAGAACUGCCUGGGUGGGAGCGGUUGGCGUAUCGUCGGAUGGUCCUGUUGACUGAUGCCAUCCGGUACUCUGUUGACAGCGAGGUCGAGUACAUUUUCUGCGCUGAUGUGGACCAGAAGUUUGUGGGCCCCAUUGGGGAGGAGAUCCUGGGAGAUCUCGUGGCGACGCUGCACCCAGAAAUCUACGGGAUGCAAAGAAAUAUGUAUCCUUAUGAGGAUCAGGAGGUUUCAUCAGCGUGUGUGGAGGAGGAUGAAGGGGACUACUAUUACACCUCGGAGUUUUACGGCGGGUCGGUGUCUGAGAUGCGUAAGCUAGUCCGUGGCUGUUCUUUACUCAUUCUGCAGGACCAAGCAAACAGGGUGACGGCCAGAGGCCUGGAGGAAAGCUACCUGAACCGUUACCUGAUCGACCACAGGCCCACCUGUGUGCUGUCACCAGAGUACAGCUGGUGGGAAUCCACCCUGACGGCUCAUGUUCCUACAAAGAGGCUCAUCUCCUUAGGAAGGCAGUGUGCAGCAUACGAUAUGCAGAAGAGAGAACAGGAAUGCUAAAGUUUACAGUUUUCCAUCCUUUUUGCAGGGGAGAAUCAUUUCCAAGUGGUGAUUUGACAAGAAAAUAGACAAAGAAAAAGCAUAAUCUGCAGACAUCUUUAAAAAAGACUACACAUCUGUUUUAUUUGAUGGUUUCGUAGCUGGAAAACGUAGCGUGCAAUCAAACCAAAGCAAACUGCACAAUCUGCAAUGAAUUAAAGCUCCAGUUGUGUCAACGGGGCUCUUGCAUGCUCCCCAUCUCCUCCUCCAGCAGACAACACAGAAAAUAACCUGUCUCUUUAAACAAAGCGCUGCCCUCUAUAUUAAUGUCAGCCACUGAGAUACCUCUCCAGCAGCUUUGUGGUCAGAGGCGAUAAGAGACAGCAGUGAGUGCACACUUUCCCCCAUACUGGCCAAUCAUUAACUGGAAAAGCUGCUGUUUCAAGGUCUUUAAAGACCAGGUGGGUGCAAAUAAAUCCAGCAGGGAGCUGCUUUCCCAGGCUGUGUGUGUCUAAAAUUUUAACCUUUGACAUGAAUUUGUUGUGCAUUAAGAAAAUAUUCUGUAAAAACAAUCAGCUGUGUGUUUUGUAAAUUUAAGAGACAUUAAAAAGGACUCGAGUCUGUAAGUUAUGACUGUCGUCUUCUUCCUUCU